GACCAAUGCUAGGGGCGGAGCUUGCGGAGCAAGAUGGCGGCCACUAGGCCCUUGUCCCUAACGGCCACGGCGAUCAGGGCAGUCAUUCCCUGGCGCCAGGGCAGGCUCCUCGCGCCCUCUCCUGGGCUCUUGACCCGGUGGGAAGCGACGUCCUCCAUUCCAGAGGCUGGCGAGGGACAGAUCCGCCUCACAGACAGCUGCGUCCAGAGGCUUCUGGAAAUCACCGAAGGGUCAGAAUUCCUCAGGCUGCAAGUGGAGGGAGGUGGAUGCUCCGGAUUCCAAUACAAAUUUUCACUGGAUACAGUUAUUAACCCCGACGACAGGGUAUUUGAACAGGGUGGGGCAAGAGUGGUGGUUGACAGUGAUAGCUUGGCCUUCGUGAAAGGGGCUCAGGUGGACUUCAGCCAAGAACUGAUCCGAAGCUCAUUCCAAGUGCUGAAUAAUCCUCAGGCCCAGCAAGGCUGCUCCUGUGGGUCAUCCUUCUCUAUCAAAAUCUGACACCGUGACAGGUGACCUUGGGAUUGCCAUCAGAUUGUACCAGUGUGGAAAAACUUGGGAAUAGUAGAGCCCUAGAAGUUUCUUUCUUAUCAUGUCCCACUGUCAUUGUAUUUAAUUUAACCCAGGUUUUAUUUUACCACUAUUAAUUAUGGAACAUGAAGCUUUUACUCUUGGCCACAAUACUCUCCCCUUCCCCAGCACAAUGUUAAGGCCACGCCCAAGUGUUGUUACCUCAACUUUAAGCACUGAUUGGAACCCAGUAUAAUCUGUAGCCCUCCAAGACUCCAGAAUUUGGAGUUAAUGUCUCUACCUUCAGACUUGUUUGUAUAUAUGUGUAUAGAUGUAUAUAAAGCAUCUUCUUAAACUAUUCCUUAUGUUUCAAUCAGGGUCACUGUUUGGGCAGCUUGAACACCAGUAACCAGAAUCAAUUAGAAAGGCAGACGAAAUAUUCUUUUUUCUUCCUUCCUUCCUUCCUUCCUUCCUUCCUUCCUUCCUUCCUUCCUUCCUUCUUUGAACAGUCUUAUAGGUAACCCUGAUUCUGAACUCUCAGUUUUCCUGUCUCAGCCAUGUUACUACUGGACUGGUUCAUUCCUUUUUCUUUUCUUUCUUUCUUCUUUUUUUAAGUUUUUAUUUUGAAAAAAAUUUUUUUGGUAUGUGUGUGGUCACACCCUCUCCCCCCAUUGGACCCAGGCACUUGCCUGCCGGGCAAACCCUCCAGCACAGUGUUCUCCUAUCAGUCCCAUUGGGUGUCGCAUAUCAGAUAUCCUGAUCAUCAAAUAUUUACGUUAUGAUUCAUAAUAGUAGCAAAAUUAGUUAUGAAGUAGCAAAGAAAAUAAUUGUAUGGUUGGUGUGCCACCACAGCCUGAGGAGCUGUGUUGAAGAAUCGCAGCCUCAGGAAGGGUGAGAAGCCCUGCUCCAGCACUUGAAUUAUGAGCCUAGACGGCUUUAUUUUUUUUUUUUUUUUUUUUUU